AUGGUGAAACUAACUUCGAGCGGACCUGUACUGCAAGCCGGUAGCGGUGGUGCAGUGGUAAGCACCCCGAAAGGCAAGUCCGGUACUCCUCUGGCGAAGGAUCCUAGAAAACAUGAUUACCGUGACGACCUCGCGGAUCCGAUCUGGCAAUUCCGUGUUUGCCACGAUUCGAAGGAUUGUUCCCUGGGUGGCACUGUCAAGGCCGAUGACAAGUUUGUCCUGAACGACGUGAUUGGAAGGGCUGGAGAUGGGCCCUGGUUCAUGUGCCACGGCGCCCACUAUCGGGCUUGCGACAGGGACCAUCUUGUCAAAGAGCUCACCGCCCGGCGGUGGUGCAACUCGGAUGGCUGUGGAAUUUGUCUUUCGACCGACCCCAAGGGUAUUGGCCGCGUCUGUCCUAAUGGUCGAUCUCUUGGGGAUGAUACCAACCCUCGUGCCUGCAUGCCUUAUCUUUUCGAGGAAGUUGCUUGCCUUGCGAAGAACCCUUUGGCGGGAGCGAAGCAGGGGACAGAGUCUUCUCUUGAUGAAAGCGAUUUUAUGGAGGAUGAUGAUUCCAUGGAUCAUGAGCUGUGA